GCAAGCGGUUAUCAGUCGCGAGGCUUACGUGCGGUUGCUAUGCGAUAUGGAAGGGGCUCUCGAGUCACCUACUAGUUCGACCAGUCAGAAGUCAGUGUGUGUGAACCGGCCGGUCGCGCUGGCCCCUUCUGCUUUCGUUCGCGGACGUUACGUGCCCCGAAAACCGCAGUACUCGUUUAUAUUUUUCUUUUUCAUUUAGCCGAUCUUUCGCGAUUUGAUUGAUCGAUUACCUUCCUCACAUCAAUCCGAUCAUUGAAAGUUAAAUUCAUUGCUUUUCGUUUAUUUCUGACGGUGGUCCAGACGCAGCAUCUUAUCAUCAUUAUCUUCCGAGGAAUCCGAAAUCUUUAAAAGCCUUCACGGUUGCGUCAGGGUUGCAUCAGGAUUACGUCGGGGUUGUUCGUCCGAUCGCUUAAAAAAAGAAAGAAAGGAAAAAAAAGGAAGAAAAGCACGGAAUUGAAAAUGAAUCGAUUACGAUCGAGCGAGAAAGCGAUAGAAUUGUUGUUGUCGAUUUCGAAGGAUUGAUCGGACCAUUGCAUGCCAACGAACGGUUGACGGCCAUACCGGUGUAAAACCUUAACGAUCGAGAGCGAAACGUGGCGCGAUCCGGAUCAAAUGACAAAUACGAGAUGAUCUAUCGCCAAUUUCACUUUUUCUAAAUCUUUGCUUUUUCCUUUUUUUCCUUCUACUUCUUUUUUUUUUUUUUUUUACAAUCCCCCAUUCUGGUAACUCUAAUCGUCAGUACAUUUUUUUUUGCGAAGUUUAUCGGUCACUCGAGAUCGUCGUGUGGAUUGACACAUACGGAGAUUGCUCUCUCUCGAUCGUCGAUCGUUAACGAAUCUAAUAUAAACUGGCCGAGCUUAUAUUUUUGUCGAAACUUGAGAAGAACAUUUUUCGGCUAUGAAAUAGGAUCGUCAAAUUAUAAAAGAUUCGAAAACCAUUAGAUGCGAGAAAAAGAUAGCAAAGUAGAUCCUUGAAUUUGGAUCCGAUCGAUAUUAUCUAGGAAGAAGGAUCAAAAAGAAAGAGAGGAGAAGAAAAAAAUAAAAUAAAAUAAAAAGGAAAAUGAUCGUCGCGCCAACAAUGGAAGAAAAUUCAGGGAUCUUUGAGUCGGGAAAAUUGAACACCGGUCGAUUGAACGGACAUAGUAUCACGAUCAAUACGGGGAAUCGCGAACCAAAGGAAUUGGACAGUCCGAGUUCGAGUUCGAGUUCGGAUUUUCGACUGGACUCGGACGCGAGCUCGGUAACAGGCUCAUCCUCGAAUCUCGAUAGGAGAUUAUCGUCGGACGGUAAGACGGAGAAGACGGUAUCGAAGAUGAGCAGCACAAACUCAGCCGGUACCGAAUAUGGACGAGGACGAGGACACGGUCACACCGAUAAUUCAUGCGGCUUGGUGGGUUCUCUCUUUUCCGGUGGUUGUCGCGGACGAGCGGAAGCCUUUGCUCGACGUCUUCAUCGACGGCUUACAUCAUUGGGUAACGCGGAUGAUUCUUCGCGCGGUAUCUCGUCGACUACGACGUCAACGUCCUCAUCAGCAGAAGCGGCGGUGGCGGCGGCAGCGGCGGCAGCAGUGAUUACCAAGCCGAUAACGCGCGAGGUUGCCUCGUGGUUGCAUGCACCCUCCGAAACAGCCGCUGGUAAUCCCAUAGAUCGUAUUUUUCGGCAUCAAUCGCGAAACAGUCCGGAAACGGAACUUUAUUGCGACUUCGAAGAUGAUCUAGAUUUCGAACACGAACCAAGCUCACCCGCCGAAGAAGUCACGCCGGCGGAAUUAGCUGAUUUGUUGGUAAAUACUGAAAUUCUUAAGACGAAUCAUCACGAAACUUGUCAUUGUUCAUCGAACGGUCCGAGGCUAGGAAUCGAUCAGGAGUCCGAGUCGGAAUGCGUUUUCGCUUCGCCGGCAAGUGGAACCUCACCGGCGAGCGAGGCUUCCGAGAUUUACUUUGAUCCAGAAUCGUCAGAUGCAGAAAAGAUUAAAAACGAAGUCUACUUUGAUCCUGUUACAAGUUCCGAGAGCGAGUCAACUUCAAACGUCUGUAACAACUUGGAUGAUGUCUCGGUCAAAGAAAAGCCAUCGUUGUCGGUAGAUGGAUCGUCUAUAUAUCGAGAGGAUUCGUCGGACUCGAGUCUAUCCGUGAGUAAGUACAAACCGUUGCCCUUGGAGAGGUUUCGCCUUGAUACUCGUCAGAAUAGACCCACUAAAGAGGAAUGCAGUUCAGAAGAUUCGUUGAACGAUAGGAGCUCUCGCGAGACCACUUCACCAAGUCACGAAUCUCUUUGGAGCACUUUCGACGACGAUAGCACCGUUUCCCUUCGUGACGAGACUACCAGGCCCGGCAACAAUUAUCUACCAACGUGCAAACAUCUUCCAAAGUCGCAUUCUGACUCAGAGAUACUGGACAACAUAGGUACAAUAACUUUGGCCCCGAGUACCUUACCAAGAACGAUCGAGAAAAACGAGGAGGAAGGAUACGACAUUAUUGAUUUUUUCAGUUUUCCGGAAGAACUUACUCAAGAUCCGAUCAAAGAACAAGACUCCUCCUCUUGCGAUUUUACUGAAGACAAGCUCAUUGGAAAUGUUACUACGGAGGAGGCGGAAACGAUUAGCGACGAUAGUCCCACGGAUGCAAACGGCCAAAUAGACACAGAUCUGGAAGAAUCAGCUAUCAACGAUGGAGACCUCUCCGUUUAUGUUAGUACAUUGAAUAUAGCCGAUCAACUCGUAGUAGAAUGUCCCACGGGAAGAAGACUGACGGAAAAAUUGAAUAAACCUGUAAUGAACGAAGUAACUUUGCAAAUCGAGAAUGAAACAGUAUUAAAUGCGAAGAGCGAUGAGAAAAUAUCUCUAUUCUUGUUGGACCUGGACAAAGAGAAGUCUAACAGAGAUCGGAGUGGUUCAAUAAAUAGGAACAAGUGGGGGGACGAGCGAGUUGCCUCGAAAGAAGCUAAAGAAGAAAACGAAGAUGUGGAGGAUGACGAAGAGGAGGGAGAGGAGAGGGAGUCAAUGGAAGAAGGAAGACCGCGGAGGCUCAGACGAUGUUCCUCGUUGAAGACUGGUAAGACGCCACCGGGAACACCCGGAAGAAAAAAGAUCGUUAGAUUUGCUGAUGUUUUGGGCUUGGAUCUUGCGGAUGUAAGAACCUUCCUUGACGAAAUACCAAAGAUACCAAAUUCGGCAUAUAGCGAUUUGAUAUACGACGACAGUUUCCAAAAAGAAAGCAGUCCGGCGAAUCUUGGCCUUUCUACGAGCUGGCACCAACGAUAUUCUCCCGCGUCCACAUCAAGAGUCGUUGAUAGGACAUUAGUACCGCUCUUUCAACAACCCGGUGGACUUCCAAAUUUUCUCGAUUUCGUUCGAGAACGCAAAGUGUGCUUGGAAAAUGUUCUUGUCCAGGAUCCGUUAACUCUCUGCAUACAAGGUACAGUGAGAGUUCUCAACCUCGACUUUCACAAAUCGGUUCACAUAAGAUACACCCUAAAUUCUUGGAAGAAUUUCAGCGAUCUUCAAGCAAGCUAUAUAUCGAACUCGUGCGAUGGCUUCAGCGACAAAUUUUCUUUCAUUCUCUAUUGUCACACUCUGACGAUCGGACAGAGACUGGAAUUUGCUGUCAGAUUUCAAUGCAAAGGCACACAAUUUUGGGACAACAAUGCUGGCACCAAUUACUGUUUUCAAUGCUUACCGGUCUCUUCCAGCGUCGAAUACAUCUCGGUAACGGCGAGAGAAAAUCAAAGGGACUGGUCACCUGUGUUCUACUGAUUUCUACAUGCUCGACGACUAAAGAUUUUUAUCUUUAAACUCAUCCGGAAAUGAUACCCCGGCGGCUACACUCAAUCUCUCUACCGACGAUCGUCAAUUAUUAUUUCCUGCCAAUUUCCGAAGAAUUCAAAAUACUCAAUUAAUAGUCCAAUCGAGUCCGGUUGUGUACCGUAUCGUUUAGAAAUUCGAUUAUAUGUUCAAGAAGGAAGACUGAGUAAUUGACAAUGAAAGAACAUUGAUUUCAAUGAAUAUAGUCAAGUAUAUCUACAGGAUAUUUUUGUGAUUAGAGUGAUAUAUGAAAGUACAAGGAAAAAAAGGAAAAAAGCACGAAUACCUUGUCGAGAUGUCGGUGUCGUUGUAUCCAUUUUUAUGCUCUCGACUUUUUCUCUAUCGUCAUCUGUAUUUUCUUACGCUUACCUACGUAACAGAAGGAAUCCAUCUUGCUUUGCCGACAAGAAAAUCGUCGUGCGAUGGAGUCGUAUUUAAGUAAAUCACUUUCAAUAUCGUCCGUGGUAUUUUCCGAACGCUAUGAUGCGUGUGCCUAUAUAUGCGUACAUGCGUGCUUGUACGAUUCGAAUGAAGAAAUUUCUUAGCCGAUGACCAAUCUGAAAUUUAAAAGCACGUGUGGAUAUUACAUUAUCGCGACAAUAUUAUUAACAUCGAUAAAAAUAUGUAAUGAAAAUGAUGAUCGUUCGUUACCUUAAACACUUCCGGAAUUGUGGAUGAAUGUUCCAUAAAAUCGAGAUUACAUUAGGAAUACAUUUUUUAACAAACGUACAUCGUAGAAAUGAUGGCACUGAUAAUGUAAAUCCGCUUCGGUAGCGGUUUUCGUUAUUAGUAUCAAAUAUAUUUUUUUUUCUCCUCAUAUAUUAAUUGUACGUAACAAUGAAUACCUAAUUAAAUGAAUAAAUGAGACGCGAAGUAGCGAAUAUUAGUCAAGUAACAUAUUGUUAAAUGCAAUAAUACGGUGGACCGGGGAAGUUGUAUCAAUCUCGUUUACUUUUAAAUUUCUCAUGACUAAUCUCUGUCGUCCAAAGUCAUGUAACGCGUAAAAAUCGUCCUCUAUACCUACCUACGUGCUUAUGGACGUGCCAAACAAACGGCAAUUAUAUAUAUAUACAUAUAUAUAUACAUAUAUAUAUAUACAUAUACAUAUAUGUAUAUAUAUAUAUAUAUAUAUUUAUAUAUAUAUAUUUAUAUAUAUAUAUGUAGUUGCAGGCUUUAAAAGAGAACGUUUCGCGAGAAUAUAUAUAUAUGUAUCUGUUGGAUCAAAGAUUAGUACAAAGAGUGUUUUUCGGUAGUCGAGAUAUAUUGUAUAUGAAAAUAAUAAUAUAUCUAAAAUAUAUAUAUGUAUAUAUAUAUAUGUAUAUAUAUAUAUAUAUGUAUAUAUAUAUAUAUUAGAUAAACACGAAUGAAUUCAAAAGAAAUAAAAUAUAUGUUUACAUAGAUGUACACGGGGAUAAGAGCUUUCAUACUCUUGACUUCAGAUGAAAAUAAUAGAAGAAAUAAAUAUUUGAGAUGAAGAAAAAACAAAACAAAAGGAAGAAGAAGAAAUAGAAAAAGGAGAAUAUAUAAUUUAUUACAUAAUCGUAAAUUUUUGUAAAUAGAAUAGUAUCAGUGUUGAGUUUAUCGUCGAGUAUAUCUGUGCACAGUUUACAGGAAAUGAAAAAGAAAGAAAAGCAAAAAAGAAGGAAAAGCAAAAAAGAAAAAAAGAAAAAACAAAAAAAAAAGAAACAAAAAAGAAAAGGAACAAAAAACAAAACAAAAGAGAUGUUUUAGUUGUAUAUACACUCGAAACGACGUUUAAACGACACCCUGUGAUAUGCUUUUUCGAAGAGAAGAGCGAAUUUAUUUCUGUUAAUCCUCUCUGAGAUAAGAAAACGAGACGAGAAAUCGAGCGAAGCUUUCUUAUCGUUCUAAUAAUCGCAACGCUUACCGAACGAACGAACACGAGAAAAUUCUCCGUUCGAAAGGAAAUAUAAUAAUAAACGAAAACUCAUCGAUAUGCAAUAAAUACGAUAUAACCUGAUCGAUCAGCAGCGCGUUUUGUUUUACGUGCUUCUUCGAUAAAAAGAAAGGAUAUCACGUCUGAGAGGCUUUUGAUAAAUAUAUGUUCGAUAAUAAAAAUAUAUUAAACGGUGAAACGCAUUUAGUUUUGAGAAUGUCAACGAUUGGACAUUUUAUCUUAGGUCCGUCCGAAAGAAGAUAUUUUUUAUUUUUAUCAGAAGCAACCUAAUAAUAAAAUAUGGAAUGGCCUUUUA